AUGGAUUUUUGUACAUCUCGGGGUGACCAUGCCCCAUCACCCGAAAACAACACACAUCUUGCACCACCACGUCGCAAGAUCAUCGUUGCUUUCACAGGCGCGACAGGAUCAAUCUUGGGAAUCCAAACACUCAUUGCCUUGCGCCGUCUCAAUGUCGAAACGCACCUCAUUAUCUCCAAGUGGGCAGAAGCUACUAUCAAAUACGAGACCGACUACACCAUUCUCAACAUCCGGGCCCUUGCCGACCAUGUCUAUAAUAUCAACGAUAUGUCUGCUCGAAUAGCGAGUGGAUCCUUUCGAGUGGAUGGAAUGACUGUCGUCCCAUGUAGUGUGAAAACGCUUGCCUCGAUCAACUCAGGCAUCUGUGACGACCUCAUCUCCCGUGCUGCCGACGUGAUAUUGAAAGAACGGCGGAGGCUGGUUCUUGCAGUAAGGGAAACGCCACUGAGCACAAUUCACUUGCAAAACAUGCUUUCCGUGACACAAGCUGGCGCUAUUAUUUUCCCACCGGUACCAGCAUUCUACAUCAAGCCAUCCUCGGUGGAAGACUUGAUCAAUCACAGUGUCGGGAGGAUGUUGGACCUUUUUGACCUCGAUACGGCUGCUUUUGAGAGAUGGGAAGGGUGGAAAAAGAAGUGA